AUGGAGAGUCUUCCUGACAACAUCAGCUCCCCCGAGCCCCUCCUGACUCCAGACCUGACUAACUGCAGCGCCUGGAAGCAGCGGUGGGGGGCGCCACACUUGCACAGGUUAGGUCACCUGGAUCUGCAGCUGUACCAAGACUUCUACACCGUGUGGGUCUCUCUUAUGGUGUGUAACUGUCUCAUGCUGGUGGUCGGUGUUGCGCUCAACUCUUUGGCUCUCUACGUCUUCUGCGGGGCCUCCACCCACUCCUCAGCCUCUGUGGUUUACACUAUGAACUUGGCCGUAGCCGACCUGCUGGUGGCGCUGUCACUGCCCGCUCGCAUAGCCCUGUAUCACAGCGGAGGGAGCUGCCUGGCUUGCUCCUACAUCCACACCUUCAGCUACUUCGUCAACAUGUACUGCAGCAUCCUGUUUCUGACCAGUAUCUGUGUAGAUCGAUACCUCGCUGUCGUCCACUCGUCCGGAACCCUCCAUCGAUGGAGGACCACAGGGGCGGCCAGGUGUGUCAGUGCCGCAGUGUGGUUCAUAGCAGUGGUGGUCACCUACUCUUUUCAGACCACGGCAUUGGGGUUCAGCUCCUCCUGCAUGCUCCUCCCCGCCCUCUUCUACCUCACCAUCCUGGAGUUCGCCCUCCCCCUCCUCACUGUGGUGGUCUUCACCCUGCGCGUCGCCUGUUUCCUCACCUCCAGCCACGGCCUGAUGCAGCAGCAGAGCAGGGUGAGGAGGGCCCGUGCCGUAAGGCUUUUGGCCGCGGUCCUCGUGGUUUUCACCGUGUGCUUCACGCCCUUUCACGUCCGCCAGGUGCUGGUUUACUUCUGGGUCAGAGAUGGUGGGAAGGGGCUGGGCCAGGGGGCGGGGCACGUGCUGGCCUAUCACAUCACGGUGACCCUGAGCAGUCUCAACAGCUGCCUGGAUCCAGUGGUUUACUGCUUUGUGACGGACAGCUUCAAGAGAGUGUGGAGGACGAGGAGGAGGGGAGGGACAGAGGGGGAGGCCGGGCAGACGAGUGGUGGCGGGGGAGAAGGGGAGAGGAACUCGGUGAAUAAAUGUUCAGGGGCGGUGCUGGCGAUAGCUCACAGUGUGGCCACUCUCACCCUCACCAGCAGGCCCCUUUCUGCAGCCAGCGUGGACCAGUCUGAUUAGACCGGUGGAACCCCCCCCCAUACCUGUGGAUGGAAGAGUCCAGAGAGACAGUGGAAACUCAAACACAAAUUUAUCUUUAAGAUGAACAAAACAACACUUCAGUGGGGGCACCCCUCCAUCCAUCUUCAUCCCUCUAUCUCUCCAUGUUUUCACCUUUGCAUCCCUCUGACAUCUGACAGCCCAUUAAAGGGGGGGGUCACAAAAUGAGGACCGGACAAAAUGUCCUCACUCCGUUGGUUGUAGACUCAAACUGGUCCUCACAAAGAAGCUGUAGAAGAGCAAACACACACACACACACACACACACACCUUCCUUGAGUUUAGGUCUGUCUGGGGACCUUGGAUGGGGUGGUUUGAUGCGAGGCCCCUUAGGUCCCUUUUUUCACCG